AUGCCCAAGAUAUAUCUAAGCGCCAUGGUGAUAUCGCUUAUACCGUUAUACUUUUACAUGAGGGACCGGUUUUAUGAGGAUAAGCAAUUGAAGGUCAUUCACGAGAAAUACGAUAAGGAUCCAUCAUCUUUGAGUGAAUAUGAAUAUCUUGCAAUGAAAUCAUUGAAUCCCCAUGAUAAAUUGAGACCCUUGGAACACAAAAAAUACAAGAUUUACCAAUUGAUGAGAAAGGAGUUUAGAAGAAAGAAUCUCCUAAAUGGAGAGAUGUUCAAUCCUACCCCCGAGGAAUUGGAAGAAUGGUACCUGAAACAAGCUAGAUUCAAGAACAGUAAACAAAAAGCUCCCCUCUUAACAAACGUGGACAAGGAGGACAAGACAAAUGAAGGUAAUCAGUCUAUAAUUAAGGCCGAAGAUACUACUGAUUUUUAUAAUGCUAAAGCUAAGGAGUAUGACGAUGCCGUAAAAUGGGAAGAGCGCGGGAUAUUGAUGGGUGGGAAAAGAAGGUGGUUAAUGUCACACAUACGAGGUGACGUGUUGGAAGUAUCGUGUGGUACUGGAAGAAACAUCCCUUACUUGUCAUCCUAUAUUGAUAAAGUCAAGUCUAUAACCUUUCUUGACUCUGCACCACAAAUGGUUGAAAUAACUAGACAAAAAUUUCACGAUGCAUUUCCCAAGUUCAAAAAAGUUGCAUUUACAAAGGGCAAAGCCGAGGAUUUGCUAGAAUUGGCUGGCGACAAUGAAAAUCUUAAAUAUGAUACAAUCGUGGAAGCUUUUGGUUUGUGCUGCCAUGAGGAUCCUGUAAAGGCAUUACAAAAUAUGGCUAAAUUGUUGAAACCUGGUGGAAGAAUUAUCCUUUUGGAGCACGGUAGAUCUAAAUGGCAAUUUGUAAAUAAUCAUCUAGAUUUCAGAAGUGCCAAGAGAUGGGAAACUUGGAAAUGUAGAUGGAAUUUAGAAAUUGGCGAAUUGGUUGAUGAAGCAGGGUUGGAUAUUACAAAGGAGAAAAGAGCACAUUUGAGUACAACUUGGAUGUUAGUGUUGAAAAAACCUGAAGAUCCUAUCCAUCAAGAUGAAAAACCAUUUUUGGAUAAAUUGUUUGGCAAAACACAUAAGCCAAUUGAAAAAUGA